AUGGAGUUGAAUUCCGAUAACAUCGCAACGUUGCUCUAUCCAGUCGCGGCAUUUUACAGCCCCUCCAUAGCCGAUUCAAGUGAGAUAUCCCACAAGGCUAGAUCUGGACAACUGGAACCUACAGAUUGGAAUGUGUCUACUCUGAACCCCAAAAACUGCAUCGACAGUCUAAGUGAGCCUGCAAAUGCGAAAUGGAGGAUCGACGGCUCAGCAGACAUGGGAACGCAGUAUUACACAGUUCCAAUCUUCCUACCUGAUUUGGUUGCUCUAAGAAUUGAUACUUUCAUCCCGGAAAGGAAGCAUGUCCCUGUUUCUUUUCACUCAGCGCUGGAAAUUGGUCCCGCCUUUUACACAAGAGAUGAUAGGGUAGCUCGGUUGGGUAUAGCGAGGUAUAUCGUGAGGGUGCUUGAUUAUUGGAGUAGGAAUAUCCCGGAUUUUGAGGCCUUCUACAACGAUCUUCCGUUUGGGUCACGCAUCGUCCUCCAAAAUAUUGAGACUGAUAUACGACUCGUACGAAUUCAGGUUCUUCGAACCCAUUUCUUGGAAAGGCAACCCCUAUCAAUUGGGUCCCUUCAAGCCAUGUGGAGGUUGCCGUCCGAGUCGUGGCCAGAGACUACCAAUAUAUCGAAUGUCACAUUAGUGCAGCAGCUUCAUGAUAGUGUUAGUCUGGUGAGACAUGCUGACCAAAUAUGCAUCAUGAAGUCCUUGACUAGUUCUCCAAAAUACCUUUACCACGAACUCAAGGUUCUACUCACUAUGGAUGCUCACCCCAAUGUCAUAUCGAGACCUUCGCAACUUGUAGUCAAGCGAUGUAAGUUUGGAGGCAAGCUUGCGGUCGUUGGAUUCAUCCUGGACUAUUAUCCUGCUGGAACUUUACGGGAUAAUCUGUCAUUCCGCCGUACGAGCCAAUCUCUCAAAUUGCAAGAUCAAAUGAAAUGGUCCAUUCAGGUCACUGAGGCUAUGAUUCAUGUUCAGAAGAAUGAAAUCAUGUAUUGUGAUCUCCGCCUGGACAACAUGGAUUUGGAUAAUGAUGAGAAUGUCAUCCUGGUUGAUUUCGAAGCCAGAGGCGUGGGUACCUUUAUCAGCGCACCAGAAAUCACCUACCUCGAAUAUAUACACUCGCUCGCGAAUGAGACAACCGAAACUUUAGGAGAAGAGGACCGUGAACGUUAUAAGAAACUUCUCAAGAAGUCUGUGGAUGGGCAAACCAGGCCAAAGUCAACAGAGAUGUAUAACAAUCCUAGGCACGGGUAUUGCGCUUCCUGGCUUUGUCUUAGUGAGGAAGAAAGAGAGGCUGCACAAGUUUACAUGCUUGGGAAAGUGCUCUGGGGAAUAUUCGAGGGUGUUGGAUCCCCCGAGAAAGGUCUACUCGUUAGCCACCUUCGAGAGGAUGUGUUGGAGUAUCCAGGAUGGAGGCGCACGCCGGAAAUUAUCCGUGAGCUGAUAAAAUCUUGUUGCUUCUCUGAAAGGCGGUGUGAAAGGUUUCCUUUGGUUAGAGAGGGGCAGGUUUUAAGGUUGAGAGAUACAGAUGUCACUGAAACAGUGGAUAAGAUACAGGUUGCUACUGUCAAAUGGUGGCGAAACGAGUUGCGGAAUGCUGAAGAUUUCAUUGAGAAGAGAAGAAGCGGGGGCUCGAAAGCAAGGGCAUCUCGACCCAAACUUGAAGACGUACUGGUUCAACUGAAAUCAUUUAUGAGUUUCGGAAGCGUUUGA